AUGCCAGAAACGUUUCGUAAUUGGAUUAAAAAAGACCAAGCUACUACAAAUGUUUCAAACAUAGUAGCAGGUGUUUCUGCUUUGCUAAUUGUAGCAACAGGACUAGCAAGAUAUGCUUCGCAACGUAAAAAAGAUAAAUCGUAUAUUAACUCUUUAGAGUCGCAAGCAGACAAAUUGUCAAUAGUAUCGUUAUUACGAUCAGAUCCGAUGUUCGAAGAAAUAAAACGUCCGUACGAUCAUAUCGAACAUGAACAUAGAUCACAUCAUUUUACUGCAGGUACUUUACAAGGGAAGGGAAAGUUCGCAAUUAGCCCAAUUGUCUUCUUUUCAAAAGAAAAGAUGGAAUUAGUGGUUAUUUCUCAUAUUGGCUCUGAUAUGUGUGGUCAUGUUGGAAUUGUCCAUGGCGGACUGAUAUCAACUUUAAUAGACGAAUUAUUUGCAAAGACUGCAAUCCCUCUUCUUCCUGAUAGAAAUGGUGCAACAGCUUAUUUACAUAUAAACUUCCGAAAGCCAUUAGGGGCAAAUCAGUUUGUUAUAGGGAAAAGUAAAGUUACAAAACUUGAAGGCAGGAAAUGUUUUGUUGAAGGAACUUUAGAAACUUUAGAAGGGCAAACCGUUGCUGAUGGGAAUGCAUUAUUUAUUAGUAUAAAAAAAUUAAAUGCUCAAAAGUAA